GCUGGAAGUCCAGGCUCGUCCCAGCGGCCCCAGGCAUAGGGCUCGGGACCUCUGGAGGAGUGGGCAUCUUCGUCAGGGACUUCUUGGGUUGCCAUGACGUCUCGCCUAAGGUGGGCCCCACUCUGGUUCCUCAUCGUGCUGCCUCAGCUAUUGUUCAGAUCCCAGGCGGAGUCUCUAUCCUUGCGGUCUCCGCGUAUCUCAGGGACCCCGAGGGCCUCUCCGAGUCCAAUCUGGGUAUCUUGUGCAAGCUUGGUGCUGAAUUAUCACCUUUUCCUGGUCCGUUCAUCUUGGGUGCGGACUUCCAGAUGGAGCCUGAUGUUCUGGCUUCAUGCGAUUUGGUCUCGGUGCUCAGUGCCAACCUGGUCGCGCCUGAAUCCAAAGGCACCUGCACGGGCACGAGCAAGGAAGGAGUCCGCAUGCUCGACUAUUUCCUGAUUUCCAGCGGACUCUCGCAGGCCGUGAAGGCCACCCGUGUCUGCUUGGAGGCGGCCACCAAGCCGCACAAGCCCGUGCAGUUGAGCUUCUUCCCUCAGCUGGCCAGCUUGCAG